AUGGUACUAUCAUCGGCUGCCGAAGAUUCCGCCGCUGUGGACGCUCUGAGCACUCAGGAUAUUGGAGUGGGGAUCAUUCUGGCGGUCUUAUUGGCCGCCUUGGCAGUUUUUCUGCAAGAACAAUCGAGAUCGUCGUUUCCCAAUUUGGUCUUGUGGACAACAAGAGACAGUACUGAUAAUGGCACUCCAAAAGAUGCCUUUAUGGAGGCGGAUGAUGACGAUGCAGAGACCAUUAUAAGUCUGUCCAGCAAUAAUGCCACGGCUGGAGUGGAGAAUGCAACCAGCAACAGCAACACUACCAGCAGUAACAUUGUCUUUAAUGGGACCAACUGGAGCGAGAUGAGUCGUCCCGAAAACUACAUUUGGUAUUCCAGGUCUAUCACGGACAACGACAGCAAAAAGUCCACACGACAAUCCAUGUCCUGGGACAACCGAAUAGCCUUGUGGGCGCUCGUGGCGCUCUUUGUUCCCAUUUUUGGAGUGGAACUCUUCUUGGCAUUGAGUCGACAAUUUGUGUGCGAAAGCGGCAGCAGUGGAAGUUUGGCGUGGGCACAAGACUUUUGUGCUCCCAUUUAUGAUGCAUACAAGGGACCAUCAUGA